AUGCUCGCCGCGUUGACCGCUUCGCUCGCGGUCGCCCAUCCCGCCCGGCCGCCGCUCCGCGCCCAGCUGCGGCUCGCCGCCGCUCCGCCUCCGGCCGGCUUUGAGUGGGGCGCCUUUGACCGGGCCGGACUGCUCGAGAAGCUGGACACGCAGGUCGUCUCUCGCGCGGUCCGCCUCGCCAACCACGUCCCCGCGAGCGCCUCACUCGCCUAUUUUGGCCUCAUCUCGACGACGAUGAUGUCCAUGCCGAUGCCGAUGAUGGUCGGCGGGGUCGCGACGCUGCGCUCCGUCAUCACGCGCGGCGUCGGCCCGACGACGAACGAGGCCUUCGCGGCUCUCUUCCCGACCCUGGUCACGCCGGCGAACUUCGUCUUCCUGAUCUGGCCCGCCAUCUCGCUGCUGCAGCUCCUCACCCUCGCCAGCUCCGCGCUGCCGCUCCCUGGCCGAACGCCUCUAAAGCAGGACAGCCUCACGGCGCUCGCUGCUGCAAACUGCGCCGCGACGGCGUGGCUGCUGUUCGCCUCAAACGCGGCGGCGGGCGCGCUGCCCCUUGCGUCGUCCCUCACCCUGCCCCUCCCCUCGGUAGUCACGCGAGGCGCAGGAGACCGCAGCCCCACCCUCAGCUCCCUCUGCCGGCUGCCCCUCGUCGGCACUCUCCCCGCCGAGGCGGCGGCGUGCGUCUUCGUCAGCCUCGCCGCCGCCGCCGUCGCGCCCAAGCAGCGGACAGCGGUCAACCUGCUCGCGCUGACCGGCAUCCUCGCCCGCCGGCUCGGCGCGCACGGCCUGCCCUAG